CUUUUCAGGUGGGCGGAUCCGCGCAGGCGCCCGAGGCGCGAGGGAGAGGCGAGCGGCCGGCGCAGUUUCGGGAACUACAGCUCUGUGAAGUUGCUUGGGCUGAAGAAUGCUCCUGAAUUUACAGGAUCAUCUAAUCCAACCAGAGUUUUUGCCCUUCAAGAAAAAUCUUCCAGGAAAUUUUGUUCAUGAUACCCCAGUUGCAAGAUGAUGGGGAAGGCACCAUCAAAAGGCACCUAUAUUGUGGAAGAGGCUCUAGAUGCCCCCUCAGUAAUAGCCUUUUAGAAAGUAAUGAAAGUAAUGAAAACUAGCCACUUCCAGAGGAUCUUUUAGGAAAGACUGCAUAUCAUCUGGAUAAUUAGCUAAUUUAUUAGCUAUAUAUCUUUCCCUUCGUACAAGAACAUACAUAGUGUUCUCCAUAACAGCAGCCCUGUGAACCAAGUGUGGCUGAAAUAUUACAAUUGGCCCAAAGUUGGCCAGUGAGCUUCCAUGGCUGAAGGUUCGGUAGAACCUUCUAGAAUCUAGUCCAAUUGCUCUCCAGUUUUUACUAUAGGCUGCUUAUUGUCUUUGGAUCAAUUUUAGUUGAAUAUAACUUACAAAUAAUAUGUCUCCUGAAGUUGCCUUAAACAGAAUUUCUCCAUCGCUUUCUCCUUUGAUCUCCAAUGUGGUCAGAAAUGGAAAAGUGGGAUUGGAUGCAACUAACUGUUUAAGGAUUACUGAUCUGAAAUCUGGCUGCACAUCUUUAACUCUUGGACCCAGCUGUGAUCGAUUUAAGUUGCAUAUUCCAUAUGCUGGAGAAACUUUAAAAUGGGAUAUAAUUUUUAAUGCCCACUAUCCUGAGUUGCCACCUGACUUUAUCUUUGGAGAGGAUGCUGAAUUUUUACCUGACCCUUCUUCCUUACAUAAUUUGGCCUGCUGGAAUCCUUCAAAUCCUGAAUGCCUCCUGCUUGUUGUAAAGGAACUUGUACAACAGUAUCACCAGUUUCAAUGCAGCAGAUUACGUGAGAGCUCUCGGCUCAUGUUUGAAUAUCAAACAUUACUUGAAGAACCUCAGUAUGGAGAGAACAUGGAAAUUUAUGCUGGCAAAAAGAACAACUGGACUGGUGAAUUUUCAGCUCGUUUCCUUCUGAAACUACCAGUGGACUUCAGCAAUAUCCCUACCUAUCUUCUCAAGGAUGCAAAUGAAGACCCUGGAGAAGAUGUUGCUCUUCUUUCAGUCAGUUUUGAGGAUACCGAAGCUACUCAGGUUUUUCCCAAAUUGUACCUCUCUCCUCGAAUUGAACAUGCUCUUGGUGGAUCUUCUGCUCUUCACAUUCCUGCUUUUCCAGGUGGAGGCUGCCUCAUUGAUUAUGUUCCCCAAAUAUGCCAACUGUUAACCAACAAGGUUCAAUAUGUUAUUCAGGGUUAUCAUAAGAGAAGGGAAUAUAUUGCAGCAUUUCUUAGUCAUUUUGGAACUGGAGUGGUAGAGUACGAUGCUGAGGGUUUCACAAAACUCACUUUGUUGCUGAUGUGGAAGGAUUUUUGUUUCCUUGUUCACAUUGACUUGCCAUUGUACUUUCCUCGAGAUCAGCCAACUUUGACUUUUCAGUCUGUCUAUCAUUUUACGAAUAGUGGAGAACUAUAUUCUCAAGCCCAGAAAAACUAUCCCUAUAGUCCACGAUGGGAUGGCAAUGAAAUGGCCAAAAGAGCAAAGGCUUACUUCAAACUAUUUGUCCCUCAAUUUCAGGAGGCAGCUUUUGCAAAUGGAAAACUCUAAAAAAGGGAAAAAAACAACCUCAUCCUGAGAAAAUGCCAAACAGAUUCUUGUGCCCACAUGCUUGUCAACAGAUUGCAAGAUAACUUCCUGAAGCCUGGGCUUCAGCAUUUAUUGGUGGGGGUUUCGUCGCUGCAGUUUCAUUGUGAUCAUCAUAGACCGACUGAAUGAGAACUUUGGCUGAUUGACUUCAAUACAGGGUCUUUUUUUCUCUCUUUCUUUUCUUUUCCUAUAUGCAGAAAUAUUGCUUCAUUACUUGCUUGAUGGAAGCUCAAAAUAUAUUGAAUAAAUGUGGUUUUUCCCCCUUUCAUUUUUUUCUAAAUUUCUUUUUCUAUGCCAAUGUUUAGAGGGGGGUUUUUUGUGUGAAUUUCUGCAUGCUGGAAUUUCUGACACAUUAGAAGCACACUGAAAAUAAAUGUACAAUAAAUCUGUCAUAUUAUGUCUGUCUCCUUAGUUGAUUCUCAUGGGAAAGAGAAGGUAUGCAAUCGGAUCAGCCAUCAGUUGCCACAAAAAUGGGCAUGCCGUUUUCAGCAACUUUACUUGCAAAUCUUAUUGGAGGAUUUAGUUGCAUAUUGUGUUAGUUACCAGAACAUAACUUGGCAAAAACUAUUGAGUUACAAAGAUGCUACAGAAAUGUGUACUAUUUAAACAGUAGUGGUUACUAAUUUAAGUUAAUUCUGUGACAUUUCUACAUACAAUCCUGAUAAGAAAUACGGUAAAUAAUUGAAAUAACAUAGAGCAGAGGUCUUCAAAAUUGACAGCUUUAGGACUUGUGGUCUUAAAAGUUGAAGUCCACAAGUCUUAAAGUUGCCAAGUUUGACCUCUGACGUAGAGCAUUUCCAAUUCCAGGUUGAUACUUUGUAACAAUUCAAGCUAAAUUUUUUAUUUUAACUGACAUUAGAGAACUGUACAGAAAACGUAUUACUGGAUGCAUCAUAAUUUCUAAUAUAAAAAUAGGACAUUCAGUAUUAGAUACAUUUUUUUUCUUUCCUGUGAUAUAUUUAGGCAAAUCACUUGCUUCUGACUCGCGAUAAAGUAACUUCCCAUAUUUGUAAAUAGCAUCAAGGAUUUUCCAAAUGGAAUAUAAAGUUCAUGAUAUUGUAGAUAGCAUAUUAGCCAUAUACCUUAUUUCUCUAGAGAGUUAGGAAAUGAGCUAACAAACAAAUGCACCAACUGUUUGAAAAACUGUUUCUGUAUGAAUGCAAAACCUAAUAUUUCAAUAUAUUGCAUAGACUGCAGUUUAGUGAAUCUAUGAAUCUUACAACAAUAUUUGCAUUGAAAUAUUUAAGGGAUAUGUUCUGGCCGAAACUUUUGUUAGCCGUGAAGCAUAUUUGAUGCCUUUGGGAAGUUGGUGUCCUGCCAUCUGUUUGCCUUCAGAAGUCUCUUUGAUGAUAAAACUGAAAUAACCUAUAAAGUUUCUCGGAUGAAAACUUUCCAGUGUUGCAGAUGCAUAGUUUUGUAUAUUGUAAGCCCAACAAUAUGUGACAGAUGACAGGCCCCUGAGCAGGAUUUAAUCUGCAAUGGCAUCUUUAUAAGCAUGGCUAACCCUAGGCCAGAUUGCACUCCAAGCAAGAAAUGUUUACAGAUUUUUCCCCCCUGCCCCCACUCCUACCCCACUAUUCACCUCUUGAAGACCUUUGGGUUAUUAAAUAAUCUGUAGCCAUCCUCGUUGCUUACAAAGUGAUAUGUCAGUAUGAUUUUCUUUCUCUCAUUAAAAUUAUGCCUUACAUGCAUGGAUUAGAAUAUAGUCCUUCAUCACCCCUCACACAGUUUGCUGAACUGUAAACUCUUGAUAUGUUGUGGUGGUUACAAAAUCAAUGCAACACCCAGAUCAACAGCAGUGAAGACAAACUGAAUGACGUUUUCAUCUAUUAAAUAGGCAGCAUAUGGCAGGUACACCCCGUGCCAUUUGCCACCAGUUAAAUCCAGAAAUGGGGGGCAGGCGGCAAUUGCAAUGAAACUGAUAAUGUGUCCUUUUUUUUCCUUAUAUUUCUUGUGCAAACCUUUAUUUCCUCUGUAACAGUAACUACACUACACUACACUAACACAAUGUUAAAGUGAAAAGGCACCUUAAUGCCAUUCAUCUCUUCUUUGCUCCUCAGUCCUCU